CCCUCACCGGCCCUCACCGGCACCGCGGGAGCGCAGCGUCGGGGCAGCGGCUGCAGGAUACCUGUGCCUGGGACAGCCCAGCGCUAUGGCAGACCCUCCCAGCUGCGGCCGGCCCUGCGCCACGUGCCUGCUCUGCCUCUACAGCUGCCAGUGGAUCACUGCCAAGAAGGAGAAGAGGAAGGGCCUGCGAACCACCAAGGGCGACUGCAGCUGGUUCCUUUUCCUCUUCUGUGUCUUCCUCUUCACACUGGUGUGGCUGUACUUUGCCAUCAUCAUCCUCAAUGAUUUCCACAACUUCAAUGAGUUCAUCUUCAAGCAGAGGAAGUUGUGGCUGGACUGGUCGCUGGUCUUGCUCAUAGCCACGGCUGUGCUGAUCACCUACUCCACUGUGCUUCUGGUCCUUGCUCUGUGCUUGCAGCUCUGUGGCCAGCCCUUGAAGCUACACUGGCUGCACAAGGCCCUGCUGAUCCUCACUGCUCUGGUGGUGGCUGCAGCCUUCACAGGGUUGGGAAUAAAGUGGGCGGAGGAGUGGAGAAGUGCACGUACCUCCCUGCAGGCAACAGGCCCCUUUCUGCAUAUUGGAAUUGUGGUGGGAAUGACAAUCCUCGCCUGGCCCCUGGCCAGCUUCAUCUAUCGUACCCGCAAGACAGGUCUCAAGGUGUUUCUACUGAUUCUGUAUUGCAUGGUGAUGAUCAUGCUGUAUCUGGCUCCCCUGGGGAUCACCUCUCCUUGCAUCAUGGAGGAGAACGAGCUGCCCCCCAAGCCAGCCCUGGUUGGCCACCGAGGAGCACCCAUGCUGGCCCCUGAAAACACCCUCAUGUCACUGCAGAAGGCAGUGGACUGCAAUGUGCAAGUCUUUGAGACAGACAUCAUGGUGAGUGCUGACGGGGUCCCAUUCCUCAUGCAUGAUGAGGAGCUCACCAGGACCACCAACGUGCAGGAUGUGUUCCCUGAGAGGGCUGCCCUGAACAGCACCGCCUUCAACUGGACAGACCUGCAGCAGCUGGAUGCGGGCAGCUGGUUCCUGGAGCGGAGGCCGUUUCCCACCGUGCAGAGUCUCUCUGAUGGCGAUCGCUACUGGGCGACUAAACAGAGGAUCCCAUCCCUGAAGGAGGUGCUACAGGCAACCAAGCAGAGCAACCUCUCCAUCAUGUUUGACCUCCGGCCCGAGAACCACAGUGACUACCAGAGCUUCGUCAAUGCCACCCUGGAAGUGAUCUUACAGUCGGGCAUCCCACUGCAGCAGGUCCUCUGGCUGCCGGAUGGCUUCCGGGAACAGGUCAAACAGCAAGCCCCAGACAUUCAGCAAGUUUACGGACGGAAGAGACUCCAGGAUGAGAAGGAGCCACCACUGCACGUGAAUCUGCCCUACCAGGACAUGAGCUCUGAGGAGAUCAGGCAGUACCAUCGGGACAACAUCUCUGUCAACCUGUAUGUGGUGAACCAGCCCUGGCUCUUCUCAGUGCUGUGGUGCUCUGGGGUAAGCUCUGUCACCACCAAUGCCUGCCAGGUGCUCAAGGAGAUGAAACACCCCAUCUGGCUGCUUGUAAGUGACCCCUUGAUCCUUCACCAUGCCCCACACCCCUGUGCCUCAGGUGCAUGUGGGUCCCUUUUCUGCCCCAGCCCUGGGCAGCCAGCUGCCUGGAGGAUGGCUUUUGCUCUGCACUGUGCUGGCGUAGAGCAGAAGGGAUGCUGGCACACCACCCCUGGCUGACUCAUGUCUUGUCUCGUUUCCUUGCAGCCCAGCAGCACGUACCUCAUGAUCUGGGUUGUUGUGGACUGCUUUUCCUUCCUCACCAUCCUCUGGGCCUUCUUCUUGGUCAAGAAAUGCUCACAGAGAAGACGGCCAGCGGAGUCCGAGACAGACGUGCUGCUCACAAAGAUCAACAGCUUGAUGCAGGAGUGAUCCCUCAGGGCUGCUACGGUGGAGGCCAGCCAGAGCCCUGCACCGCUGCAGUGGGGAGCAUCCCUCAGGCCAGCUUCAAGGACCCUUCAUAGACUUCUUCCUGAGGCUUCCAUCCCCUGUAGCCUUCCUGGCUCCUUUCAUGGUGCACAACUGCCCUCAGCUGAAAAGGCCUGGAAAAAUGGGUACUCAGUUCCCACGGGCAGGGAGGAACUGGAGUCUUUUCAGGGUUUUCCUGGGACUGGCUUGUGCCUGGGGGCUGAGCACUCAUUCAGCAGUGCUAGGGCUGAGACCUCUGCCAUGGCCUUUGGAGACUGGUGAGGGGUUGGGUCACUGUUUGGUGCAGGGGAAGGGCAGCCUCUGCCUGUUAUCAGCAACUCUGCAGAGAGGUAGGUGGUGGAUGCCCCAUCCCUGGAGGCAUUCCAGGCAAGGCUGUUUGUGGUUCUGGGCAAUGUGGUCUAGUUGAACAUGUCCCUGCUCCUUGCAGGCAGUUGGACUAAAUGAGCUUUGAGGGUCCUUCCAACACAAACCAUUCCAUGACGCUAAACCUGCAGCCAGUGAUGGGAAACCUUGUACGAAGUGCUGCUCCUGGGGCUGCCCUGCCCCUUAGCUUGAGGAAAGGGACAGGGGGUUUGGGGUGUUUUUUCACUAGCUGCAGGGGAGCUGAGCCCUGCACACCCUUGUGCUGCACAUAAGUUCUGCCCCUGCUGCUGCUGGCUUCAUGUUUGCACACCAGGGUUCUGGCACCCCAUGCAGCACUUGAUGCCUGUUGCUGUGUGGGGAGGGGUGGUGGCGGCCGGGGUGGCAGGACCACAGUCACGGUCCUGCUGCCCCAAGGCUGCGGGGAUGGGCAGGGAGGUGAGUGGUGGGGCUCAGGAUGCAGCAGGGCCUGGAGCUUGGGAAGGGGUCGGGUCAGUUUU